UAGGGCAGCCAAUGGGACGGGGGAACAGGUGGAUUGACAUCUUGAGCACAUGAAGACCGCUUACGGCGCUUUCCUCCCUUGAUAAAGUCACGUUGUACCGUACCGUACCUCUCUCUGUCCCUCUCCCAAGCCGCGGUGUAACUCUCAGCACUCCCGAAACACACCACCAAGAAACCAACCAUGUCUGAGAAACUUGCCUUCAAAGUCGCUGACAUCAGCCUUCACGAGUGGGGGCGCAAGUGCCUGGACAUCGCCGAGAACGAGAUGCCCGGUCUGAUGAAGAUGAAGGAGCUGUACGGGAAGAGCAAGCCGCUGACGGGCGCGCGUAUCGCUGGCUGCCUGCACAUGACCCUACAGACCGGCGUGCUCAUCGAGACACUCACCGACCUCGGAGCUGAGGUCCAGUGGUCCAGCUGUAACAUCUUCUCCACCCAGGACCACGCUGCCUCUGCCAUCGCCAAGACCGGGGUCCCCGUGUACGCGUGGAAGGGCAUGACGGACGAGGAGUACGUGUGGUGCAUCGAGCAGACCAUCUACUUCAAGGACGGCAAGCCCCUGAACAUGAUCCUGGACGACGGCGGCGACCUCACCAACAUGGUGCACCAGAAGUACCCCCAGCUGCUGGCCGGUAUCCGCGGAGUGUCUGAGGAGACCACCACAGGAGUCCACAACCUGUACAAGAUGAUGAAGAACGGAGACCUCAAGAUCCCUGCCAUCAACGUCAACGACUCUGUCACCAAGAGUAAGUUUGACAACCUGUACGGCUGCAGGGAGAGUCUUAUCGACGGCAUCAAGCGCGCCACCGACGUCAUGAUCGCCGGGAAGGUGGCCGUGGUGGCCGGCUACGGAGACGUGGGCAAGGGCUGCGUGCAGGCGCUGCGGGGCUUCGGCGCCCGCGUCAUCGUCACGGAGGUGGACCCCAUCAACGCCCUGCAGGCCGCCAUGGAGGGUUACGAGGUGACCACCAUGGACGAGGCCUCCAAGGAGGCAAACAUCUUCGUCACGACCACGGGCUGUGAAGACAUCAUCCUCAGCCACCACUUUGAGAACAUGAAGGACGACUCCAUCGUCUGCAACAUCGGACAUUUUGACUGCGAGAUCGACAUGGCCUGGUUGAACGCCAACGCAGCCAAGAAGAUCAACAUUAAGCCCCAGGUGGACCGCUACAGGAUGAAGAGCGGACGUCACAUCAUUGUCCUGGCCGAGGGUCGCCUGGUCAACCUGGGAUGUGCCAUGGGACACCCCUCCUUCGUCAUGAGCAACUCCUUCACCAACCAGGUUCUGGCCCAGAUCGAGCUGUGGACCAACACCGCCAAAUACCCCCUGGGAGUCUACUUCCUGCCCAAGAAGCUGGAUGAGGAGGUGGCCGCCGCCCAUCUGGACAAGCUGGGGGUGAAGCUGACCAAGCUCAGUGUGAAGCAGGCCAAGUACCUGGGUCUGCCCCAGGAAGGCCCCUUCAAGCCCGACCACUACCGCUACUAAGACACACCCUCCCUCGCCAAGCCCCGCCCACUCCACGGAUGGGGGCGGGAGGGGCACCGGGCGGAGGGCUGACACGGUGGGCGACAGCAGGAGCAGAGGGGGUUUCUGGGAGUUUGAGUUUUUGUGAGGAUGUGGCGGUUGGCUGGUGUGAUGGUUAGGCCCUAGUGCUUUAAUGUUAACCAUGCUGAGGUCUCGCCUCCGUCUGGGUUGUGGUUGUUGGUGAUGAUGAGGAGGGGGGGUUAUCCACAACCGGCCCAAAUCAUUUCAAUCAGUGUUGUAUAAUCAACGGUUGCCGAGAAUCCCAGGCAGCCCGCGGCCGGGCUGGUCUCAGUGCCUGGCUUCUAUCAGUGUUUUAUUAGUUCAUCCCUGGCCAUCCAUUAGAGCCCGACUGGCUGGAUGCUGGCUCCUCUGCCUUGUGCACUAAACCUCUCGCUUACCCACUCAAAGCUCUUUCCUCUGGGUCUGCCUCGCCCCCCCGUGGUCCUCCUGCUGACCUCAGGAGCGCUCUACUUAAAGCACAUCAUUCCUUUAGUUACAGAAUAUUAACCCGACCUGCCACUUGUUAGUUAGCCCCCCCUUACUUCUACCGGGUGUUCAGAUCCCCAAAGCACUGGCUCCACAUAGUCUUAACUCCUUAUUAAGGGCCACCAGUUGACCCUCCUGUGCACCUAACCUCCUCUAAGAUGUUACCCCUCGCUCUGCGUGGGCCUGCUGGGGGCGGCGGGGCCGUUGGAGGCAUGUCGGCGCGCGUUGAUCCGAAGCUGGGAGAGUCGAAGUUCAAUUUAGGUAAUUGGAACUUAAAUGAUUCGUCGUUUCUAUCGAUCAUUCUGGAAUUUUGACUUGAAGAAACAUUCUAGAACGUGCCAGUGUUUUAGAAUGUUCCCCUCCACUAUUCAAUUCAGUUUUUUAUUGGAUAAUUGUCUGGCCAAUCAGCUAUCAUCUUUGGUAGUGAUUAGGGGGGCAACUGGGCAUGGUCAAACUAACCAUGGUUGCAAAACGGUUUCAAGGGUCUGUGUUGUUCAUGACUGAAGGACGUGUUACCUGUCGUGAUGUUAUGAUGCAAUAAAAGACGUUCUACUGGGCUAUA